UAUAUAUAUAUAUAUAUAUAUAUAUAUUAUCCGAUCCCAAUACCCCGAAGUCGCGAGCUAGAUUCCCUAUCGAUUCGAGGCUAGAAUAAUUUUUGCCGCGAUCGCCGACCUGAUUGAGUGGCUCGCUACGUCAUACCCCCCACGCGCUUACGAGUUUUAUACGGGAUUUUAACACGCGAGGUGGCGAAAUAAUUUUUAGCCAGUCCCGAUUUACGUGUGUACGAAAUCGCUUCGUCGGGUCCCCGUGCCGUCGUUCGGGCGUUCAAAAAGUUUAAAAUGGCAAAUGAAGUACAAAAUUUGUUAAAAGAAAGACAGAAGAUUAGACUUUACAUAUAAACAUUAAAAAAUAUUUUGUAAUAAAUAGAAGUGUGAAGUGUGACAGUUGAAACACAAUGUUUGCUCUAGCUGUAGAUCAAAUGGUGGAUUACCAUCUGAGGAGCUUGCAAGCUCACUAUGAUGAGCUUUGUAUAAACAUAGCGGUGUUAAAUAAGAAUAAAAAUAUAGGUAUAAUUGUUUUGAGUGAGACCUGGAAUAUCAGUAAUAUCGACAGUUAUGAAAUAAAUGGCUUCCUGAUUUACUAUAAUGAAGCUAAGUAUAAUAAGUGCGAUGGGGCCAUGGCUUUCGUCGGCAGUAGUAAGUACCCUCUGGACUUUCAAUUGGUAGAUACGACCGUAGAAGAGUUGUACGAUGAAAUAGAAAUGAUAGAUAAAGUUCCAAGUGAUCAGGAAUCGAUUAUUUCAGAAUAG